AUGGCUGCACCGCCUGAGGUCACCCUUACAAACCUGACCGGGAAUUGGGUCCUGAACCGCGGCCUGGCCGACGAUCCCGAUCCAAUGCUCGAAUUCCAGGAUGUUCCGUGGUUGAAGCGCAAGAUUAUCCUGCUCGCGACCGUGACCUUGUCCAUCAAGGAGUAUGUCGACGACAAGGACACCACGCACAUCGACCUGGACCAGACCGCCACCGGGGGCAUCCAGGGCACCCGCGAACUGCGCAUCCUAGACUGGAGCGAGACCAUCCACCGAGAUCACAUUUUCGGCACCCUGAAGAGCCGCAACCGCUGGGUCUCCGACCUCAAGACGUGUGAGAGCGGGAAUGGGGGCCCUCUUGACCAGUACCUGACCGAGGGUUGGCUCGACGAGAGAGUCGGUCCAAACGGGGAGGGAUUCGUCCAGAAUUGGGUCUUCAACGAAGAACGAGGCUGGACUGCCGAGCAGAUCUGGGGUUUCACCAUGAUUAAAGGCCAGCGAUACAAGACGAGGAAGAUCGUCGUCAAGAAGGGGGAUCAGCGAUUGACUGUGACCUUGGCGUAUGAUUGGAAGGGAAAGCCCAAGGCUUAG